AUGUUCAACCUUGCGGAGAACGAUGAUGCCGACGAGGAGGAGAGCGACCUCCCUGACCUGGAGGACAACGAGGGCGGCAGUGCGAUCCAAGGGUGUGGAGGUGUGCCGGUUGUGACGGGCACGAGCUCUACCGGGACGGCCUCUGGAGAUGGUGCUGUGUACGGUGCGGAAGCCUGGAGUACUACAGGAUGGACCAGCCGACUUACCGAGAAGCGGCCCACGGACGAGGCCAGUGGCACUACGUUCCUGUUGGGUUUGCUCCUCCUGGACUACCUCCUGCUUCGCCUUCAGGCGCGCCCCCGCCGAGCAGCCCACCAGGCGCUACUUCAGGAAGUUUGCUGGGCGGCCGCCGCAGACGGCGGCGACGACGAGCUGGAGCCGGACCACCUGGAGGAGACGACGGAACCUCGGCGACUUCAAGGCGAGCACGUCGACACGAUCCUCUCCUACCUCAAGGUGCGGGAGCCCCUCUGCGCCCAGAACUACCUGAACCACGACGAGCCCAUACGCUACCCGAUCCUGCGCAAGAACAUCCCGCCUAUGACCCGAAUGGGACCCGAGAAAGGUGUGAAGUUCAGAGGGGGCGCUCCGCCACAGCCGCCCCUGUGGAAAUACGAGUCCCACGACCUCCGGGCGUUUGCGAAAUGGUCGCGGAAGGUCGAGAUUUGGCAGGUGCAGGUGGCCCACUACAUGACUUCCAAGGAGGCGGCGCUCCUGCUGUACACCUCCCUCACCGGCGAGGCGGAGGCCGAGAUGGAGCACGUGAAGUUCCUCGCCGACUACGAGCAGAUCUCCCGGUAUCCCGGGGAAGGUCUGAGAUCCUUCUCGAACCGCUAUAGAAGGAUCGAGCGAAGCCUCGAGGCCCUGGGCGUGAGCAUAUGUGGCAUGCACGACAGCGAGUCUCGAGGAAACCGACUUUUGGAGCGAGCUCGGCUUUCGGCAGCCGACCAGCGCUUGAUCAUGGUCGGGGCCAGCUACAACCUGGAGUUUGAGGCCAUCACCGAGAGCAUGACCAUGCAGUACCCCGAGUUCCGUGCUGCCCCGCCUGUGGUCACAAAGGACGGCACGCCGCUGAUCAGGACCAAAGGAAAGGGCAACCACAACAACGGCCCGGUCGGGAAAGGAACACCAGCCGGUAAAGGACAGCACCAGCCACAGCGGGUCUACAUCACGGAAGAGCACCUCGAGCAGAUCCCGGAGAACGAGGAGCAGCCGGCCGAGGCGGACGCCGACGAGGACAACGAGGAGCAGGCCGAGGACGACGCGGCAGGCGAUGACGACGGCGACGCCAAUGAGGCCGAGGACCUGGCCAAGGUGGCAGAGGUUUUGACCGUUACGGCAAAGAAGCUGGCGGGGCUCAAACUGGGCGACCCGGAGUGCCCGAUGGCUGGGCAAGGCGCCGGCACGAGAUCUUCUCCGAGUGCGCCGGCCGCGGCUGGAGUAAAGGGGCCAGCCGGCCAUGCAACACGGCCCCCGGCCACAGGAGCCCCGAAGGGAGAUGGCAAAGGCAAGAAGGCACCUCACCAGACCUUCUUCGUGCGUGACUUCGGCUCCUUCGAGGCCGCCCAGGUCGACGACCAGCCCGAGUACGGCACCGCCUUCUCUGUGAACGUGGUCUUCGAGGUUCGCGACGCCCCGACCGGGACGGACCGCUUCGGCAAGGUGAUGAUUUUGGACACGGCGUGCCAGAGAACAUGUUGUGGACUUGAGUGGGAAGCGCAGCACACCCUCGACCUCGUACCCCACGGGUUGCAGACACACCAUGUGGAUGUGACUGAUGCUUUCCAGUUUGGUAGCGGCCCGCCCUUGGUGGCCAAAGGCCGGUCGUAUGUUCCGGCUGGCAUCGGCGGUGCGAGCUUGAUCUUCGGAGCUGGUGUGCUGGAUGCUAAAAUUCCCCUCCUUGCCUCCAACAAGUUGCUGGAAAGCUUAGGCAUGAUCCUCGAUAUGCCCAGCAGCCAGGUUAGCUUUGUCAGUCUGGGGGUCGCAGUUCCGAUGCUGAGAAUUGACGGCCACAUUGCAGUUCGCAUCGAUGAGUUUGCUGAUUGCCCCGAGUGGCACACCAUGCAGUCCAGCAUUGAUUGGUGCGAUCCUCCUCCAGAGCUUGCGGCUCGAGGAGAACUUGUAGACGGGGCUCGCGUGGUGAAGAAGGUCAUGGACCUGCGGCGGCACCUCUUCACGAGCAUGGGCUGCGCGGUGAACCUCGGCAUCCUGGACCCCGAGAUCUACCAGGCCGUGCCGCCGAUCUUGGACGUGCGCUUUGUGCAAGAGGUGCCACAUGAGACUGAGAUGGAACGACCACCUGGGGAUGUGGGAAGGCCACCCCGACACAAAGUCCGGAACCUCGCUGCUAACCUCGCGACCGCCAUUGCCCUCCUCGUCCAUUAUUGCACCGGCGGGUUCCAACCAGAGCAGCAGCCCGUUCGAGCCUUCAGCCCGGGCGUCCCUGAGUUCGGCUACACCCAAGCGAUCGAGCUCGAAGCGCCGCUCCCGAAGGCAGCAGCCGGCAGCCAGCAGCGCAUCCGAGAUGGAGCUGGACCCGUGGCGGCUGGUAGCCGGGGACGAGUCGGAGAACUACGACUGGACCGAGGAACACUGAAAAGGCUCAAGGGAGGCUGGGCUCGAUCAGCCCGGUUCCUGGAGAAUGAGCGGGAGAUCUAUGAUGUUCUGCCCGCGACGGUCAGCCGACCACCGCCUGCCAUUGAUGUGCUGUGCGUGUUCCGCGGCAGCGACUGGCUUCAUGGAGGCCUGGCUUCCUACCGAAUGACCUCGACGGCGCUGCCCCUACAUGUUGCCCGGCGUCUUCGCGACGAUCCUGAGGUACUUGGAGAAGCACUACGAGCACUACGACGGCUUCGGCCACACGUCCUCUACGUCUCCUGCCUCGACUUCUUCCCCGGCGACAACAAAGGACCCUACGUGCAGCACUUGAUCGAGGAACAAGCCCAGCAAGGCCGGACCUACAUCCUGGCCGACUCCUGCGACGCCGCCGCCGUACAGACCACCAUCCCGGGCGGCAGCUCCUUCUUGCUCGACCGCAGCCCGGCGACCCAGGAGAACCUGCACGACGGCAUCGUGGAGCUGAUCCGGGACUAUGUCGCGACUAAGGAGCCGAUGCGCUUUGGCAUCUACCAGGCCCUGGUCACCUACCGGGAGCCAGUGCGAGACCUCACGGCAUGGGACACCAUCGCCGAGAUGAUGUCGAGGUCCUUUGGUUCCGAGGGCAGCCGGCCCUUCUACAUAGACCCCGGCAGCGAGGUCGGCAAGGAAGUGCAGAACCUACUGAGGAUAACGGCGGUGAGGAUACAAUGCGUCCAGCGGCCCACACAGCGGCGACUACCUCAAGAUGUUCCCUACACCGCACGGGCCGCCUUCUUGAUCCACUCCGACAAUACGCGGGCGGUGGAGGUCGAAAAUUUGGCGCUGGUCCAGCACCCCAAACAACGAUUCGCGAAACCGGUGCGACACGCUCUCCUGGCCUACGGCAACCUCAUCGAGGAGACCGAGACGCCGGCCGAGACGCCGAUCACCGACCUCCCCACCGACAUCAGCUUCCCGAACCUCAGCCAGCAGGUGCCGCUCGAGGUAAGGAGGGCAAUUGCGAAAGCCCACAUAAACCUCGGACAUGCAUCGCCACAGGAGAUGCUCAGGCUGGCUGUGCAAACCGGCAACCCGAGCGAGAUGUUCCUUCAGACCAUCCGGCGGCUCAACUGUGCUACUUGCGCCCGACUUAAAGGACCACAGCCACCACCACCGGCAUCAACGACCGUCACUGCCAGCCAGUUCGGCGACCGAGUUGAGAUCGAUAUCUUCUACCUCCGCGACCUCACCGGCAAGAGCUGCAUGGUCUUGGGAGCCGUCGACGUUGCGACGCGGUUCCACCAAGCCGCCGUCCUGGAAACCAGGAACCCUGAGGAGGCCUACCGCGCCCUCGAGAUGAUGUGGCUGCGACCGUUCGGCCUCAUGGUUCAGCUUGGCGCCGACCCGGACGGGACCUUUCAGGGCACCUUCGAGGAGCGAUUGCGCUCCCACGGCGUCCUCAUCGACUUCUGCCCGGCCGACGCCCACUAUAAGAUUGCCCAUGUGGAGCGCCAGAACGCCUUCCUCAGGACGAUCCUCGAGAAGCUCGUGGACACCUUUGCCGCGACCAACGUGAAAGACAUUGAGCUCUUGAUCGCGCCGGCCCUUCAUGCAGCCAACUCCCUUAUCCUGACACGAGGGAGGUCAGCUUAUCAAGCGGUAUUCGGCAGUGCCCCUCGGCUUCCGGGCGGCCUGUUCUCAGAUUCCAACGCCUUGGCCACCACGCCGACGACCGAUGCAGCCGCAACCGCCGAGAUCGUCCGGGCUGAGGCAAUCAAGACGAUCGCCGACCUCAACGUGAAACAGUCCCUUCGGCGAGCACUUCUGCGAAAGACCCGGCACGUUACGGCGCCGGACCUUCAGCCAGGGCAGCCCUGCUCCUUUUGGAGAUGGCGAAAGAAGGGGGUCAAGAAAAGAGGAGGAUGGCUCUCUGCAAAGUUCCUCUCCUGGGACCCUUCGGCACCUGGGAAGUUGGCCUGGGUGAGGUCGGGCACAGCGACCGCCUUGGUUGCCAUUGAGCAACUGCGUGCCGCCACCGGGUACGAAGCAUGGAUCCCUGACGAGGCCGAGGUGAAAGCUUUAAAGGAUGCGGCCCGGACCUUGGACGACAGCUUGUGGUCAGAUGAAACCGGACCGCCACCACCAAAGCGAUCACUGGAGCAGGACGACGUGGAGAUGGACCCAGAGCUCGGGUACGACAUCUCAUUGCCCGAGGUAGCGGCGGCAGUUGCUUCUUCUUCUUCUUUGGCCGCUCCUCCUCCAGCCGCUUCGGCCGGCUCGGGUGCCCAGCCGGUGGUGAACACACAAGUCCAGAGCACACUGGUGUACCAGCCACAGGUUCAGAACACUGUCGUGCACAACACGGCACGGCUGGGGGACCCCGCGCAAGGAAGCCGGCGGGGAAUGUCUACACCGAGGACUCCGAGAGCAAGAUCCGCACCGAGAACACCGAGGGCAAUUAGGAGCAGAUCGCCGAAACCUUCGGCAUUGGCAGCUCAGCCUGCGAACAGGUCGGAACCUCAAGAACUACAACCGCUUCCAAGCGAACUUCCGGAACCUCCUGUGCAGCUGCCCAGCCUAGAUGGCAACCUGGAACAUCAAGAACUACAACCGCUUCCGAGCGAACUUCUGGAACCUCCUGUGCCGGUCCCACAGACACCAUUGGAGGUGGGUCUAGAGUCAGCAGCUUACUCUUCGGCUCCCUUUGAAGACUCCAACAGCGACCAGCACAUGGAAGAGCCAGAGACACCCGUGAUGCCAAUGACGGUCACAGUUGAAAGGCCCACGGGACAACAGCAACCAGGACAGGUUCAAGCAGCCAGUGCCUCGGCAGCUUCCUCUCCGAGGCCUUCUACGACGCCUGUGACGAGCGAGGCGCCCAGCGGCGGACCUGAUCCACUACCACCGGCCAAGCGCCCCUUCGAGACCCUCUCCACUCUCUUCUUUGAAGACGGCUACCUUCAGCACUGCGAGCCCGGCGACACUUUGGAGCAAAGCUUUGGACCGCAAACCGACCUCUACUACCAGACCUACUUAGCUUCAAACCACCGCAAGGACGACUUGAAAGGCAGCCCGAACAAGCCUGCCAACGAGUCGGACUCCUCCGACACCGACCGGAACGACGAGGCCCGGCCUAACGAUCCGGCCAAGGACCUCACUCGAGCCGAGGCCAAAGCACUCGACCGAGAAAUCCCAUGGAGGAAGAUCCUCGAGAUGGACAAGAAGACGGUGGAAGCCUUCAAAGCGGCCACGGAAAAAGAGGCCAAAAGCUGGCAGGACUGGGGCUCGGUCAAACCUUUGAGCCACGAGCAGGCUCGCAAGGUGCUUCAGGAUAAGAUCCUCGCGCGGAGGGUGCUCAGAACUCGGAGCUGUUUCCGAGACAAGAGCCGGGGGAUCGGAGAGUUGAUCCCGAAAUGCAGGGUAGUGGCGUUGGGCCACAAGGACCCAGACAUAUAUCGAAUAAACCGUGAGUGUGCGACGCCCAACCGGACCUCGGAGCACGUCCUCUUCUGCGUCCUCACUUCGGGAAGCAACCGAGAGUUUGCCCAGAGCGGCAAAGAGUGGUUUGGUUGGACAGGCGACGCCUCAACGGCCUUCCUUCAGGGCGACAUCCAGAACGACGAGCGGGAACAGCCGCUCUACCUCCUUCCGCCCAACGACGGCAUCACCUCCUUGACCAGCUGCUGGAAGGCACCACUGUACUUGGUGUGUACCAACAUCUACGGCUUGAGCAACGCUCCCCGACUCUGGUCUUUGACGGUGAUUGCCAGACUGGUUUCGCUGGGAUACCGACAACACUCCUUCGACAAGAUGGUCUUCAUGAAGUUCGGCCCCGACGGUCACCUCAUUUCCCUGAUUAUCGUCUACGUGGACGACUUCUUGGGAACCUACCGCGAGGACUACGACGUCACCGAGGUGCACAAGGCGUUCAAGUGGGGAGCCCUCCACGACUUUAAACUCAACGAGGCCCUCACCUUCAAGGGAAAGCAACUGACGCUCAAAGAGAACGCCGCAGGAAGGAUUUACCUCCACGUGUGCCAGCGGGACUUCCUCGACAGCAUGAGUGCUGGCCGUGUUCCGAAGGGUGCCGACCUCACAUCCUUCCUCACUGCCGACCAGAAGGCCGAGUUCAGGAGCGUGGCAGGGUCACUGCAGUGGCUUUCCGGCCAGACCCGCCCCGAGCUUGCAGCAGUCAAUAGCCUUAGCAACCACGGGGCAGAGACCACGGUGGGCGACCUUAAGACGCUCUUCGAGGCCCUGGACUUCGCCAAGGAGACGCGCGACGACGGCUUCAUCAUUGCCGACGUGCCGCUGGACCGAUCCACGGCUAUCCUCGUGUACACCGACGCCAGUUGGGCAAACGCCGAGAAGUGCAGGUCCCAGUGCGGGGUACUGGUGGUGCUCUGCGCACCGACGGUCCUGGAGAAGACAACUCCAGCUAUGAUCGUCGACUGGAGAUCCAGCCGGUCCACAAGGGUGUGCCGCUCAACUUUGGCGGCAGAGGCUUCGGCAGCCGAUGAGGGCUGCGACCGGGCCGUCUACGUCUCCCUCUUCCUGGGCGAGCUCCUCUACAACGUGCCGGCGCACAAGGUGGGCCAACGUUUUCUUCAGCUGUCUGCGACUGACGCAAAGAGCCUUUACGACUGCGUAGUUUCGGACAGCCCCAACCUGAGCGACAAGCGCUCACUCGUGAAUGUCAGAGCAAUCCAAGAGGUUGUCUCCGGCAACCGUUUUCAUUGGAUCCCUACGGAUCUGAUGUGGGCCGACGGCUUGACAAAGAUAAGCCACGACUUGCAAGCCUCUUUUCACUUAUGGCUGCAAGAUCCCACGGCGACCCUCAAGAAGUAA